AUGGAUUAGGAUAAUUAUUACUAAGAUAGAUUAGAAGUUGAAUCUCUCUAGCAACGUCUAAAUAAAACUAAUUUUUUAGAGGAUGACUUUGAAAAUUUAAAUUAUUAAUUCAAGCCUAACUAUCUGAGAACAUUGUAGCCAGUUUCUUAUAGUGAUACUGAAAUUAAAUCUACUCGUAAACAAACAUGUAAGUUUAAAGUUCUUUAUAAACGAACUGUUCCACUAAAUCUGAAAUUUGAAUAAAAGAGUUAAUCCCAAUGUCAUUCAGAAUCAAAAUCUCAAAUUGUGAAAAUUAGAAAAAGAAUCGCUAAAAAAUUUGUUAAAAAAACAAAUCCCAAAUGA